AGUUUCAAUAAAUAGAACAAAUUUACGGAGCUGUACAAUUAUUGAUACCGAGUGACAUUUCCAAGUUUUCGAUUCUUUUGCAGUAAAAAGAAUAAUUUCUCAAAUAAUGGCUGAUCCUGAGUUUGAGGCACUUCGUCAACAGCGAUUGGCGGAAUUGCAGUCACAAAACAGAAGAGGAAAUAAUGGAGAUCAAGAGGCACAGCAAGAAAAACAGCGUCAGAUUGAGGACAUGAGGCAUUCGAUCCUGACACAAGUCCUGGAUCAGUCAGCGAGAGCCAGAUUGAACACAUUAUCCCUGGGAAAACCAGAAAAAGCCAAGAUGGUGGAGGGGAUGUUACUCAGUAUGGCACAAAGAGGACAACUACCUGGAAAACUGGGGGAAAAGGAACUCAUUGGUCUUCUAGAAAGUGUGAAUCAACAAACCCAGAAGAAGACAACAGUCAAAUUUGAUCGACGAAGAGCUGCACUGGAUUCCGACGAUGACGAUUUGUAGCAUUAAGUCUUCAAUGAAAAUGAGCAAAAUGUAAGACUUGAAAAGCACGAAAUGAUUUCAUAAUGCCUACAUUAUAAUUUCAUCUGUUAAAUUAAAUUUUAUUUACUCAA